CUUCUGCGGUACUCAGCGUGGCGAAGUUGUAAACCCGCUGCUGUGCAAGUAGAAAAUACUUAAAAACAGAGGACGACUUUGACAUUUGGAGCCGAGGAAAACCAGAGCAACAUUAAGAACCUGACGUAGAACCUGCAGUAGAUCUCUGACUUUUUGCCACAGUGAACCUGCCCUGAAAAUAGCGAUCCUGCUCAUAUUACAACGCAUACGAAUACACACGAUAUGCCUUUCUGGUCUCUGCCAGCAACAUUCACCACCCUUUCCCUCCUCCUCUCCACCGCCUUUGCUGAUCCCUACCAUCCACCACCGCCUUAUGAGGACUAUUAUCGCGAUGAAUAUCCUCAAGAUGACUACCAUCCGAGAAUCUUGCGCGUCCCACUGCACAAACCGGACCGCCAUCAUUCCUCGAUUCUGGACAGAUUACUUGAGGAGCAGGCAUAUAUCCGUGAAAAGUACAGCAACCACCCAGCCGUCCGUCCAGCAUACCUGACCCCGACUUACAAGGAGGAGAAGGAAAACCCUGGAUACGGACAUGGAUAUGGAUACGAACAAAAAUACGACGAGUAUGACAAAUACGAAAAGCCAAAGCCGAAAUCAAAGCCAAAGAAGAAAAAGGGGCCUGUCUCUGUCCCUGCUGGAUUUGACCCGUUUGAUUUUAUUGGACAAGUCGAAAUUGGCACUCCACCUCAAAAGCUUACCGUCCGCUUCGACACCGCCACGCAGCUCUCCUGGGUCAAAAAAGCCGCGUACAAGGAAAAGCCCAAAAAGUACGACGACUAUAACUCAUACGACAAGUAUGAUGAAUACAAAAAAGACAAUGACUAUUACGAGCCCGAGCGCGAGCUUGUGUAUUUUGGUUUUGACCCGGACAAGUCGUCGACAUGGCAGGACGGAGGCCGUGAAGGUGAUCUAGAGUACUAUGGCCAAGAGAAGGUCAUAGUCAAAGAAGGGCGAGAUGUAGUGAAUGUUGGUGGCAUUGAAGCAACUGUCACUUUUGGACUGAGAACACAAAACGAGGUUAGCGCCAAUGAGACUGUGGACGGACACUUUGGGCUCUCACUGCGUAACCCAGACCUGGACUUUGACCCCUGGCUAUACCAAGCAGUCAAGGACGGUGUAUGCGAUCCCAUUUUUGCUCUGGACCCGCCACCUGUGGAACCGCCCAAAGCGUAUGCUCCUCAGCCGACGCCAUCGUAUGGAAAGCGCGAUCAAAGCUACGAUUACUACGAACCGCCAAAGCCCAAGCCGACCACUGCCCAAUUAUCGAUCUGUGGAUAUGAAGGUCAGAUGCCCACCAGGUUUAACCAUGUUACGCAGAGAGGGUUGCAGUAUGGAUACUGGCAACUCAACCUGAAGAAAAUCAAAGUGGGUCAGAGCCUGGUCCCGCUGGUGAAGGAGUCCCGUGAAGAUCCAUAUGGGUACCAGUCCUACGAGCCCAAGCAGAAAGAAAUCGAUGCAUUGAUUGAUACUGGUUCCCCUUUCAUCAUGCUCCCCAAAAUUGCGGUCGAUAAGAUUCACAAGUUGAUUGGCGCUACGUGUCCAGGUCAGGAAUAUGGGUACUCUGAAUACAAAGAUGAUUACAAAGACGACUACAAGAAGGAUUACAAAGACGAAAAAUCCACCCAUAGUCGCCGCGCCACAUCCAUGAACGCUAACAGCACAUCUGGAUUCUGGCGCUCGCAAACCGGCAUCAAAUCGCAUGACCUUUGCACGGUCCCGUGCGCCUCGGUCCCGAAACUUGCAAACAUCACUCUGACGUUUGACCAAGGAGACUAUCCCAUCCUCCCCGCGGAAUAUAUUCAAAAAGACCCAGAUGAUUACGGAAAGCAACAAUGUUACUCGGUUUUUACAACAUUUAAGCCAGAUAGUGCUGUGCUUAAAGAAGCGCCAAGCGAAUUUGGUGAAGUUUUAGCUGUUAUUGGUACAUCGUUUACGCAAGCCCACCAAACUGUUUACUAUCUGGGUAACAUUGGGCAAAACCGUAGACGUCGUAGGCAACUGACGGAAGAGAAUAGCAGCGAGAUUCCAGGGAUUGCUAUUACGAGGUACUAUUCAUUGGCAUGGAGUCCUUGAUGCGUGUUGCAAUUGUGCUGCGUAGUGUGUUUAUACCUAGGUUUGGACAUGUAUUUGUUUAUAGUGUAUGUGAGAGAUGUAGGUUUCCAUUACGGGCUGUGGGGUGUAAGGUUUUUUUCUUGUUUCUUUUUGAUUAUAUCAGGGUGUGUAUGUAUAUUGGGAGACUUUAUAGCCCUUCAACAACUCGGCGUGACCUGAAGAGUAUGUUUUACUCACGUGACUAAAGAUCCCGUGAGCGUGCUGACGCAAUGCAUAGUGUGGACGUGAUUGCAGCUAAAGCACAUAAAGAACGGGAAUCACGUAAAAUCACGUGAUGCUCUGCCAAUCUAUCGGUAUUAGAAUAGACUAGAAUGCUAGACUAACGAAUUUCGGAAUCAAGGGCUUAGUAGGAUUUCUCUCGUGUGGUGGGCUUAGUUACCCGGUUAGAACCAACCGUAAUGUAUUGCAUGUGUAAUUGGGCCUAGUAGUAGUUGGUUGGUUGUAAGGAGGGAAUUACUUGGCUUUUCCGAACCGG